ACUCUGUUGUUAGUGUGGGUUUAGGUAUAUCCGGAAGACAAACAGAGAGAACCUAAGUUUAUUCCAUUCGUGACGAUCAGAUAUUGGGAACACAUUUAGCUUCAGACUUCCUUCUUACACUGAUAUUAUUUAAUCUAGGACAGCCCCAGUGAAGAAUCAGCGCAGGGAAAAAAAAGUAAAACAUUUUUUCUUGAACAAUUGUUGGACAGAGAGCUCGUGCUUUUGUAGCCACUUCCGUAGAAAUUUGGUUCCAAUAUAAAGGGCGACGAAAGGUUGAUUUACAGUGUGAAACGGCGAGGAGUUGGAAGGCAGUAGAUCAUGAGGUUGACAGGGCCCCUGCGAGUCGCAGCAGUGCUGCUUAUGGUUGGGCUUGUUUGGCUGCUGGUCAGCAACUUUUUAGGAGGAGACAGUUUACAUGUGCGGAAUAUCUUAAGUGGAGCAAGCCAGCAGCCGACGCCUGGUGAGCCGCGUCCCCGAAAGUUUAAAUGCGGACUUUCGGCUCCGUGUCCCCCCAAACACUUGGCCUUCCGUUUGGUGUCUGGUGCCGCAAACGUCAUAGCCCCCAAAGUUUGCUUAGAGGACCAGAUGUUAAUGAGCAGUGUAAAGAACAAUGUUGGGAGAGGAUUGAACAUAGCUUUAGUAAAUGGGGUUACAGGCGACCUUUUAGAAACGAGGACAUUUGAUAUGUGGGCAGGAGAUGUGGCUGAGCUGUUAAAGUUUCUCCGGCCGCUUCAUGAAGGAACUCUGGUCUUUGUGACCUCCUUUGAUGAUGCUGCAACAAAGAUGAACGAUGAGACGAGGCGGCUGUUCGAGGAGCUUGGCAGUACGGCAGUGAAAGAGCUGGCCUUCAGGGACAGCUGGGUGUUUGUAGGAGCCAAAGGAAUAGAAAAUAAAAGCCCCUUUGAGCAGCGAAUGAAGAACAGUAAGAACAGUAACAAGUAUGAAGGCUGGCCUGAGUCCCUGGAAAUGGAUGGCUGUAUUCCCCUGCGACCGCCCCUUGAACAUUAAUCCUGCUUUGUAGCUAUCGGUGGGGAAGAAGACUCGCUGACUGACUGCUGGACUGCCACACUGGCUACUGGAAGAUCUCCACAUAACACAUUGAUCUCCUUCCUGAAGACAAAUAUGAAGGUGGACUUCUGAAGUUGAAAGAAGAUUUUUAUCUAAUUGAGGGGAUUGUGACAAAAUGACCAAAGACGAAGCUUAGCAGGUGAAUCGACACUUCCAGAGCCAUCAUAGAAACUUGAAUCGAAUGGGAUUUGCUUCUUAUAAAAUACCUGUGGAGAGUGUGUGUAAGUGUGAGUGUGUGUGUUUUAAGUUUGAAUAGCAGACAAAAGCUAAAUGUUUGUAUGAUAAUGAGAAAUACACUUAAUUUAUUCCACAUAAACAUAAGGAAAUCUUUAAGCCACUCUUGAUAUUUGUAGAUCCCUGAGCACCGAGUCUGUGGAUAGAUUUGAUAUUUUAAUACUUUAUAUAUUUUCAUCAAUGCAUUAUAUAUUUCCUAAACACUUUGUCCAGAGUUAGCUCUCUUAAUAUCUAUAGAACAUUCACAACAGCUGUUUACGAUAUGCUUAUAGUUUUUUUGGAUGGAAUUUGAAAAACAAAACGCAAAAAAAAUAUUUAUUUUUAUAUUUUAUUGAAAAAAAAAAAAGCAUAAAAUUAUGCGUUCACCAAAAUGCCUUGAACAGUUUAUUAUCUUGUUUCAAGCCUGCAGACUAUUGUCUAAUUAUCGCUCUGGUAUAAAUGACACUUUCAUGUUUUUGUGUGUGUUUUUUUUUUCCUGAUUAAUGAAUGUAUUCACUUAGCCUAAUGUUUAAAAACAAUCUGAAUAAAAAGGUUUUAUCUGUUGUUUUUUUUUAAUGUUUGUAGCUUGUUAUUUUAUGUUUCAAAUGGGAGCCAAUAAAAGAUUGUAGAAACACACGAGGAUAAUAAAAA